AUGACUGCCGUCAAGAUCGAAGAGUUCGAAGGAGACGUAGUUCCAACUACCGAUCACUUCUUCGUCAAGAUUGGAGAACCCGUUUCUUUGAACUCCGAUGACUCUAAUUUCGAUCUCCAAACUCCACCUUCUCAACCUCUCUCACUCUCCGAACGUUUUCUUCUCACUUUUGUUGCUCAUUCUUCCGGUUUUUAUGUUGUGAAGACGAAAGACCUUAUUGAUUCCGCUAAAGGAAGUGGCUCUUCGGUGGAAGAGUUGAGUCUUGUUGAUGUUCCUAUUGGUAGAGUUCGUAUAUUGGCUGUUUCUACUGACAAUUCAUUGCUCGCUACUGCUGUUGCUGGUGAUAUUAGGUUUUACUCUGUUGAUAGCUUUCUCAAUAAGGAAGUGAAGCUAUCCUUUUCCUGUUCACUCAGCGAUUCAGCCUUUGUCAAGGACAUGCGAUGGACAACAUCAUCAAAAAAUUCUUAUGUUGUUCUUUCAAAUACUGGGCAAUUAUACCGCGGCGAGGCUGGUUUUCCUCUUAAACAUGUGAUGGACAGUGUUGAAGCUGUUGAUUGGUGUGUAAAAGGGACACUAGUUGCCGUGGCUAGAAAAAAUGUUCUGAGCAUUUUAUCCACUAAGUUUGAAGAAAAGGUUUCAAUUCCACUACCCUUCAGAUCUUGGAUUAGCGACUCUGAGGCAAAUGUCAGUGUAAAAGUUGAUUCUGUCAAGUGUGUUCGACCGGACUCCAUUAUAGUUGGAUGCUUUCAACUUACUGAUGAUGGACAGGAGGAAAAUUAUCUUAUCCAAGUUAUUAGCAGCAAGCUUGGUGAAAUUUCUGAUGAUUGUUCUGAAUUAGUUGUCCAAUCAUUCUAUGAUAAUUACCCACUACUUGUUGAUGAUAUUGUAUCCCCUGGAAGUGGGCCCUACCUUUUAUUGGCUUAUUUAGAACAAUGCCAACUUGUGAUCAAUGCCAACAUGAAGAAUACAGAUAACCACAUUAGCUUGCUUGGUUGGUCAGAUGAUGGUGAUAAGGGUGAAGCAGCAAUUGUUGAUAAACUUGAAAUUGACCGAUCAAAGUGGAUUCCAAAAAUUGAGCUUCAAGCAAAUGAAGAUGAUAAUCUUCUCUUGGGAUUAUGUAUUGAUAAAGUUUCAAUAUAUCAAAAAGUUGGAAUUCAACUUGGUGCAAAUGAGGAAAAAACUGAGCUCUCACCUUAUUGUGUUCUUAUGUGUCUCACACUGGAUGGGAAACUUGUUUUGUUUCAUGUUGCCAGUCUUGCAGGAAGUAAAGUUUCACCUGAGGUUGAUUCUACUGAGCAUGAUGAGAAAGAUGCUCCUGUAAAGCUACCUGUUGAUGAAAGCUCCACCUUUUCUCAUGGAUUGCAAAAAAAGGAACACGAAUUGGGUCAGGAUGUUGAGGUUAGGCCUUUUGCUAAAGAUUAUACCGAGUACCCUGAAGUGGGAUCAGCAACAAGUGUACAGUCUUUGAAGUCUGAUGUGCUGCAAAUGGUUCCAAGUGUAGAUGUGAAGCAAGUUAAUGAUAAUCACGAUAAUAGUUCACGAGACUCGCAAAGAGCUUCUCAUCUAGUGCCUGGUGGAACAUUUUUAUUCUCCAAAAACUCUAACGUGACUUCAGUUUCUGGUUCAAGUUAUGUUGUUGGUAGUGGUUAUCAAAGUAAAAAAUAUACCACGGGUGCUACAAAUGCCAACACUCCCAACGUUCCUGGUAGCAUAGGUGGAAAGCCUUUUUUUGUAAAGGAUGCAAAUGUUGAAUCUCCUGCUACCUCUGCAAAUUUUCCUGGUAGCACUGGUGGAAAGCCUUUUCAUGUAAAGGAUGUGAAUGUUGAAUCUCCUGGCGUCUACUCUGCCAGUAGGCCUGUUCAGAGUGGUGGACAACUAACUUCCGUAGGAGCAGAAAGUUCACAUUUGUCAUUACUCGGAAAUUCUACGACUGGAAAGUCAUCUAUACGAAAGUUUCAUCCUUCUGAUGAGCAGCAUGUAAAUUCAUCCAAGCCUGGGAUUUCAAGUUCUGAUUUGUCAAAGCAGUUUGGCAAUAUUAAUGAGAUGACCAAAGAACUGGAUCUGCUUUUAAAGUCGGUAGAAGAGGCUGGAGGCUUUAGAGAUGCUUGCACCAGGUCACUACAAAGUUCAAUUGAGGAAGUGGAGCACAACAUGGACACUCUAUCUAAACAAUGCAAAAUACGGAUGGGCCAAGUGGAUCAACAUCUUGAGGAGGUUCAUUAUCUUCUUAACAAGACAAUACAAGUUGUGGCAAGAAAAGUAUACUUGGAAGACAUAUAUAAGCAAGCCUGUGAUAGCCGAUAUUGGGACCUAUGGAAUAGACAAAAGUUGAAUUCAGAACUAGAGCUAAAGCGACAGCAUAUACUGAGUCUGAAUCAGGAUUUAACUAAUCAGUUAGUUGAAUUGGAGAGACAUUUCAAUGCCCUUGAACUGAACAAAUUCAGUCAAUAUGGUGGGCAUCACAUUGGUCGCGGAGCUUCACAAAAUAGAUAUGGACCUUCAAGACACAUUCAGUCAUUGCAUAGUUUACAGAAUGCAAUCAGGUCGCAACUUGUAGCUGCAGAGAGUCUCUCUGAAUGCCUUUCAAAACAGAUGACUACAUUGAGUUUAAGGUCCCCAACUGAGGAGCAAAAGAAUGUGAAAGAGCUCUUUGAAACAAUAGGAAUUCCCUAUGACGCAUCUUUUGGCUCUCCAGAUACAAAAGUUCUUAUGAAGACUCCUUCUAGUAAGAAGCUCUUGUUUUCUGAUUUGACUAGCAGUAAAGAAAAAUCCAAGAGAAUUCAAGGCAGUUAUAUGAAGAGUUGUGAACCAGAAACGGCUAGGAGGAGGAGAGACUCACUUGACCAGAGUUGGACCUGUUCUGAACCUCCUAAAACUAUCAUCAAAAGGAUGCUGCUGCAAGACCUCCAGAAACCGAAGUGGAAAGAAUCACCAUUUUCAAAAGAAAAAAUUAAAGCGUCCAUGCCAGUGCAAUCUGCUCCUCAUCAAAUGAAUGCCAGAAUUCCCUCAGGCUUUCUGGAUUCCCAUUCAGCACUUAAAGAUAUGUCAGAACACUCAAAGGCAUUUAUGCAGGAUGGCGACCUCAAAGCACACUUUCGAGUUUCAGAUUCCAAGUCUCAUGUUUUGCAAAGAAGUAAUAUCUCUGCAGUUCCCCCACGUCCUGCAUUCCCCCUGUCACCUACAAUCGUGCAUGGUCAUGCUACAGAAUCGAGAGAAAAUGCUGCUGAAAAACUGAAUGUUAAAAAGUUUGAUUCAAGCUCAAAUAGUGAGAGCAAGCCUUUUUCACUCACGGAAAUGCCUCAAAAAUUCUCAAUAUCUACCCGUUUAACCACAGAAACACCAUCAUCUCUGUUUAAAUCGAGUGCAGUGCCCAUUACAAACAGUACAAUGACUACGGGUACAAGUUUCACGAUGGGAGACAAACUUUCAAGUGCAUUUACUCCCGAGUCUUGGAAAAAAAACAUUCCAUCCUCAGAGUCACACUCGUCCUCUAUUUCUGCAACUUCAAAUAUGGUUGGAAAAGUUUCCGGGUUCAAUUUUGAUAAAAGCUGGCCUGAAAAUAGUGUUCCAGCAGUGCCCAAGUUUAGUAGUUCUCGUGAUUCUCUAUCUCCUCCUACUAUUAAAACACCAUCGGUAUCUUCAGCAUCAUUAUCUGUCUCGUCUAUAUCUUUGCCUCCAGCCACAGUGUCAGCGACAUUAAGCAAUACUAUGACUAGUUCAAACUUCAGUAUAGAUUCUAAUCACAUGUCAACAUCUUCAGCAUCCAAUUCUCUUCACUUAUCUAAUCAGGUCCCUAAACAAACGUUGUCCCCGUUACCUAAUCCCCUUUCCUUGAACUCAACAUUGGAGUCUCAUAAAUCGGAGAUUCAACCAGCUGCUGUACCUGAUUUAAAGACUAAUUCAGAUGUUGCUGCAGAAGUGGCCACUCAGCUAAAUGAACCUCUAAAUGGUCAAUCUGAAAUGAAGUUUGUAUCUUCAAGAAACUUCAGUCCUACUAAUGAACAGCCUGCCAAGAAUAUAACUAGUUCUGAUAUCAAUAUUGCCUCAGUGUCUCAAUCAGAGCGGCCUUCAGAUGCACCUCUGCAACUUUCAACUUCUUUUCUUACUUCUGCUAGUGUUUCAAGUGGGAAAAAUGGGGGCUUGGAUUUUGGACUUUCUCAGGAAGAUGAGAUGGAGGAAGAAGCUCCUGAGACAAGUAACUCAACGGAACUUAGUUUGGGAAGCCUUAGCGGUUUUGGAAUUGGCUCAGCCCCUAACCCAUCAGUUCCUAAAUCAAAUCCAUUUGGGGGUUCAUUUAACAAUGUAUCAACAAGUUUAUCAAGCUCUACAAUUCCAUUAUCAGUUCCCAGUGGAGAGUUGUUUCGACCAGCAUCUUUUACAUUCCCAAGCACUCCAGCAUCUGCGCCAGCUCUGCCAACAAAUUCAGGUGCAUUUUCUGGGGGUUUUGGUGUUGGGGCAACUGUUCCUGCACAAGCUCCAAACUCAUUUGGGCAACCAGCACAAGUUGGAUCGGGGCAGCAGGUUCUUGGAUCAGUUCUUGGUUCUUUUGGACAAUCAAGGCAACUUGGCAGUGCUCUUCCUGGAAGUGGUUUUGCAUCUCCCCCUGGUUUUGGUGGUGGAUUUGCUGCUAGUAAUAAUACUGGUGGAUUUUCAAAUGCUGCUGUUGGUGGAGGGUUUGCUGGUAGAACAUCAGCAGGUGGAGGGUUUGCUGCCAUAGCAUCCACGGGUGGAGGCUUUGCAAGCGUUACAUCCACAGGUAGUGGAUUUGGUGGAUUUGCCAGUGCUGCUCCUGCUGGUGGUGGAUUUGCCGGUGCUGCUCCAGCUGGUGGUGGAUUUGCCGGUGCUGCUCCAGCUGGUGGUGGAUUUGCCGGUGCUGCUCCCGCUGGUGGUGGUUUUGGAGCUGCUGCUACUUCAACGGGUGGAUUUGCAGGAGCCGGUUCUGGUGGUGGUGGGUUCGGGGCAUUUAACGGCCAAGGAAGUGGUGGUUUUUCUGCUUUUAGUAAUGCUGGAGGUAACAAACCACCUGAGUUGUUCACGCAGAUGAGAAAGUAG